AAUAUAAAUGAGGAGGAACUCGUGGUCUGCAUUUUUUUGCAAGAGAAAGAAAGCAAAAACCUCUGGUGGCGCGUGGCCGGCGAGUGGAGGAGACACGGCGGACGGCGGCUCUGAAAUGGGUUCGAGAGAGCGAAAGAAAGCAGCAACAUCUUCCUCAAUGAAUCAUGAGAAGCCCACAGAAUUUGAUGCAUCCACAAGCUCUAGUGCUGUGGUGAAUGUCGAGAGUUUAGCGAGAGGAUUCCUCAUAAGCGUAUAUUUGGAAAAGAAUUCGCCCGGAUUGUUAAUUCGGAUUCUAGAAGCCUUCGAAAAAUUGGGACUCGAAGUCCUCGAUGCUAACGUGUCUUGUUCCGAUUGUUUCCAACUCCAAGCAGUCGGGGAAGAGGUUCGAGUUCCAUAUCAUAAGCUCACUAACACGAACAUAACCCAACAAUUAAAACUUCAAAUUCGCUUUUUUUUGUUGUGCAGAAUGAAGACACAAAAAUCGUAAAGCCCCAAGUGGUGAAAAAAGCAGUAAAGCAAGCAAUCAAGGAAUGGAGUGAAAGUAAUGCGCAGACAUGACUCACGUAUACUUUACUUGUAGUUCGUGUUUCUUCUAGACGCGAUUCGGAGUUCGUGUUUUUACUAAGCACGAUCUCUAAUCGAUGAUAUACAUAUCAUAACGUACGUAACUAAAAAAACGUAAGAUUUUGUCAAGAAAUAUUGUUUAAAUUAUCAAUGUAUUCGCACUCGAAAUGUCAAUUUUCUUACCAGUAUUUUUUUUUCUCGAGUGUAAGUAUUAUCUUAUUUGUACAAUAUUUUGGUUCAAAUAUUUGUUCGUAUAAUCUU